AUGGAGACUUCAUCACAGGCAGGCUCGAGCAGUGUCACCGUCGAGUAUACCGACCCAUGGGGACUAUUUCCCCUCGUUCAACCCGUCAUCGAAGAUAAGCUCCCGCUCAAGAACCUCCACUGGAAAUCGCCCACCCGCCCCGUUCGAUCCAUCGAGUCGCUCCGCAUCGGCUUCGUUCCGGCCCAGCUUGAGACAGACGAGCGCAAGCAAUCGAGCGAUACCUCUAGGAGUGCCCCGGUACCUCACCGGCGCCAUCAGAUCCCUGGUCUGCGCCAAACACCGUACUUGAAAAUCUACCUCCUCCGCUGCGAUGACAACGACACCUACAAAGCAACCGCUCGCAAGGCCCUGCGGGACUGGAUCAAGGCCCACGCAUCGACGCCGCAGGCCGGCGCCUCGGCAGCGAGCAAUCAGGAGAAGCAUGAUGCUUUUGAGUGGUUGAUCGUGCACGUGGUGCAAGACGGCGACGGCACGGAGAAAGCCGCGCCGGCAUCGAAAUGGGGCCGGAGCACCACGACCGUCCUCGAGAAGAUCAAAGCGGAUUUUAAUGCGUCGUCCAAGUCGGCUGUUGACCGGGUGGCGCAGUUGCGUUUGGCCCGGCCAGGGAGCACGCAGCGGCCGGCUGAGCUGGCGGAUCAGGUGGAGGACUUUGUGGAGAAGAUGAAGAAUGCCAUUCUGUCCUCUUUUGAUCUCCGCGUCGCGCAGUAUGAGGAGGAUAUCAAGGAGAAGGACUCGCAGCGGAGUCUGCCAGGUUGGAAUUUCUGCACGUUCUUUAUACUUAAGGAGGGGCUUGCGAGGGGCUUCGAGAAUGUGGGUUUGUUCGAGGAUGCGCUGGUCGGAUACGAUGAGCUCUCGGUGGGGUUGGAUACGGCAGUCCACGAGCAGAUUCAGGGCACCGGUGAUCAGCAUGGCAGUGCUUUCUUGACUGUCAGCAAGGACUGGCAGGAGAAAGCCAAGGCCGCUUUGGAGGAGGCGGGCUCGGCGCCCUCGGAUGUAGAUGACGACGAAAAGUCAGUCGCUGUUGGAGAAAUUGACCCCAACGACUUUCCGCUUGAUUCAAACCGAAAGCCUUACCGGGAAAUGAUUCUCGCCAGCGACAUCUCGAUAUUCGAUUUCCGUACAUAUGUAUUUUCCCGGCAACUGACCUUGCUCCUGAGAGCCGCCAGAGCGCCGUCCUUGGUUGCGACGGAGAUCGGCGCAAGCCAGAAAGGGAAGAAGGGCAAGAAACCUGAGGAUUUGAUGCUUCUCUCUGAGCUUUGUGACAGAGCCGCCGAAUUUAUCACCCUCGCCGCACGUACGCUGAGAGUUGACCUCGAAUCUGGCUUGGCUGACGUGGAUCAUCCGUCCAAGACGGACCUCAUAAACAACCUGGUGUCGUCAUGGGCCUAUGCUGCAGCAAGCCAGGUCUUGAUUCAGACAUACACAUCGAAGCUCACAUUGCCCGAGUCUUCCCUUCAUGCUAUGAGCAAGGCUGUGGAGGCCACCAGCACCCCAGAACCCAAGCCUGAGGUUCCCAGACGCUCUAGCUCAUUGAUAUCACCUGCCACAACUCGUCCUGGGCGUUCUAACAGCCACGGCAUUCCGCUCCCAGAUACUCUUGCCAAUGCCUCUCGGGCAGACCACGAAUUACAGAAGCCUAUACCCGCCUUUAUCCCAAAGACCGGUUCCGAGCAAUUAGCGAGUGGGAGAGGAGAACUCCUUUCACUGGCACGACGCCUUUUGGAAGAAAUUGCUGGCAGAUGUGGUUGGAACGAGAACUGGAAGGAUCUGGGACUGCUCUUCGACAACCAAGGUCGAGGCGAGGACGAGAUGACCGAAGUUUCCUUGGAUGGCGAGACGGAAGAGAAGCCAGAAGAGAAGCGGAAAGGGGCGUCUCUGGUUUCGAAUCCUCUUUUCGGAAUCGAUCUUCUUGAGCUAAGGACUGCUCUGCGAUCGAGGAAGGCUUUCCGCUCUCAUUACGAGCAGCUUACGGACUUGGUGUAUCGUCACUAUGUUAUGGCGAACCGCACAUAUUCAGCCCAGACGGCUCUCGCCGACAUGGCUCUUCUACGUUAUCGACAGAAUGAUUACAUCGCAGCUGCUUCAUAUUUCCACCAAGUCAUCCCAUUCUACGGGACCAAGCAUUGGAUUUUACUGGAAGGAAUUAUGCUCGAAAUGUAUGCGAGAUGUCUCGAAGAACUGAAACGAAGCGAGGAGUACGUACGAACGAUGCUGCGGCUUCUUGCCAAGUUCGCCGCGCACACGCACUCUAGCUUGACUGCGCGAGAGAAGACACUCGAUGCUUCUUCCAUCUUUACCGAGCAGAGCCCGGUUUCCCGGUACGUGGGCAAACUCUUUGAAGCCUCUGGCAUGCUUCAAAAGGAAGUCUCAGCGCCUUUCGCCGACUUCUUUGCAGACUUGGACGUGAAACCCAUUGUCGUUCAUUACGAUGACAAGGAUGGGUUUCAGAUGCAACUCAGCCUGCGGUUCUUGCUAGGAAAACGAAUCGAGAUUGAUUCGAUGAAGGUGCGGCUUGUCAGUGCGAGCGGGCCGCAUAGCAAUGAGCACUGGAUAGAAACUUCCAAUAAGGCGAUUAUCAAGUCGUCGCCCACAAAAAUUCUUGUUGACUCUACGGCUACUUUGCAAGGAAAAUACUUUGUGGACCGCCUGGAAAUGCGAGCUGGCAACAUCCUGUUCACGCUAGCCGGCGGAAAGCAUCCAGCCCUUCCUGUGGGCUUUAGGGAGGUGCUCGACGCUGAAGAGGUCGACGGUCGGCCCUACGUCUACUGCUUCCCACGACCCGAGGGAUUGCAGGCCAAGAUUACGUCUCCGCGUGUAGUCAAUUUGGAGCAAAUGCGGACGCUCGAGCUGGAGCUCUACAGCGGGCGCAAUAACAUCAAAACUUGCACGAUUCGCGUACGGCCUGCUACUGCUGGUCUUCGACUGAGGGUAGCAGAGGCAGAGGUGGUGGAAGGAAGUAUAACCAUCUCCACAAAUAGCGAGUCUGGAAACAUUGGGAUUGCGCAGUUGGGACCGCAGUCCAUACUGCGGCUCCGUAUCCCUUAUACGGUCGAAGAGGUUCACCCGAUGCUGUCUGCAAGGGCAGAGGUUUCUUACGAGACGGAGAGCGGCCGCUUCUCUUACAGUUCUCUUCAUAACAUUGUUUCCGCUCUGCCGAUUAGCGUCAAUGUGCAAGACGUCUUCAAAGACGAAGUUCUUUUCUCUCGAUUUACCGUCGGCCCAGCGAUGAUGAUUCCCCUUCGAAUACUAAAAUGCAGUAUCCCCAGCUCCGACGUCUACGAGGUUCAGUCGCACGUGAAGGACUCGGUGGCAAUGGACGUAUUCCCAAAGCAGCCAGCGUCGUUAUUAUACAGAAUCCAGCAGCGAAAGGAUAGUGUUACUUCACCCAGUUCAAGACGCUCUCUCCGCCUAAGUGUCGAGUUUACUUGUGUGGACGAUGAGUGCCUGGACGCAGUCGAAACGAGGUUCAAGAACAGUAUUGCCGACAGCGAUUUCCGCCAGUAUACCACCUUGCUCACAUCUCAUAUCGUGCAGGCAUUCCGCACACAACUGUCAACUGCAGACAUGGAAGUGAUCGGGCUCAUUCGCGAGAUGGGGACGCUGUCAUAUGCGAAUGUUGGAUGGGAUGGCCUACUCAGUGCACUUAAGGAGCCAGCUGACGGUUUGAAAGCGUGGCUCAUGACAUGGCACCAGAACAAUCCAAUCAUUUCGCUACCGAAGCAGCCAACCAUACUCAGCCGUCGGAUUGUGAUCCCUGUUGACAUACCCGAGAUCCAAGUACUGCACACCGCAGAGUUGCGACUCAAGAAUCUCGCGGAUCAACCGAGACACGCGGCCGUUGGUCAGAUGAUUGCAGCCGAACUCGUUCUACGUCAUACACGGCGAUGGAGCUCGCCUGAGACUCGCGAGAACGCGGGGGGUCCUCUGGAGUUUUCCUACGAGAUUCACGCGAACCCGGAAUUGUGGCUCGUUGGAGGACGCAGACGGGGAAACUUUGUCGCAUCCGAGAACGAAACAACAACGUUUGUCGUCAUGCUGCUCCCCCAAAAAGCAGGCCAUCUCCUCCUUCCGGGGCUGGAGAUCAAAAGUUACGUCCCCGCGGCGCCACCCUCUACGGCGACGACGAGCCAACCAGGAAAUCCAGCGGCGGGUGGUGCGCCAUCCCUGCAGCGACGACAGAUCCCGAGCGAGGUCGAUUACCGCAAUCAUGGGGAGACGGUGUUAGUGCUCCCUGAUCUACGGCAGACGACGGUCAGUCUCAGCCCGGCGGGGCAAGGGGGGCACGGCGGCUCGUGGCUGAUAAAUUCAGAGAGUCGAAAUGAGCGAUCCAAGCAUGAAGAUCAAGAUCCGAGUUACUCAUCCGUCACCCCAACAAGUCUACACCAGCAGCUCGGCCGUGUCAAAAUGUCCUCGACAGCUCUUCCCAAGCGCGUUGCGCUGCAUCGCAACCCAACCACGGACUCCUCCGUCCCCAGCUCCGUCUCUCACUCUCCUUUCGACAGUCCUCGUCAGUCCCCUUCGUCGACGUCGCUCUCUUCAAUGGCUUCGGAUGCCGAGAACACCACCGGCAAGAUGAUCGACACCUAUGGUAACGAGUUCAAAAUUCCCGAUUACACCAUUAAGCAGAUCCGGGAUGCCAUCCCAGCUCACUGCUACCAACGCUCGGCUGUCAAGAGUUUGUACUAUGUCUUCCGGGACAUGGCCAUCCUUGCGACCGUCUUCUAUGUCUUCCACAACUAUGUCACUCCCGAGACCGUGCCCUCCAUGCCGGCGCGCGUCGUUCUGUGGACUAUUUAUACCAUCGUUCAGGGUCUGGUCGGUACUGGCCUUUGGGUUCUGGCACAUGAAUGCGGUCACCAAGCUUUCUCCCCUUCGAAGGUCUUGAACGACACUGUUGGAUGGAUCUGCCACUCUCUUCUGCUCGUCCCUUACUUCUCCUGGAAGAUCUCCCACGGCAAGCACCACAAGGCCACCGGCAACAUCGCCCGUGAUAUGGUCUUCGUACCCAAGACCAGGGAAGAAUAUGCCUCCCGCAUCGGCCGCGCCGCUCAUGAGCUCAGUGAAUUGAUGGAGGAGACCCCCAUCCUGACCGCGAGCAACCUCAUUCUCCAGCAACUGUUCGGAUGGCCCAUGUACCUCUUGACCAAUGUCACCGGCCACAACAAUCACGAGCGCCAGCCCGAGGGACGCGGCAAGGGCAAGCGGAACGGCUACUUUGGUGGUGUCAACCACUUCAACCCUUCUAGCCCCCUGUAUGAGGCCAAGGAUGCCAAGCUCAUCGCCCUGAGCGAUCUCGGUCUCUUCCUUGUGGGAAGCCUCCUCUACUAUAUCGGAUCGACCUAUGGCUGGCUCAACCUCCUUGUCUGGUACGGCAUUCCUUACCUCUGGGUAAACCACUGGCUCGUUGCCAUCACUUUCCUCCAGCACACCGACCCUAGCCUUCCCCACUACCGGCCUGAGGCCUGGGAUUUCACCCGUGGAGCUGCCGCUACGAUUGACCGUGACUUCGGCUUUGUCGGUCGUCACAUCUUCCACGGCAUCAUCGAGACCCACGUUCUUCACCACUAUGUCAGCACUAUCCCCUUCUACAACGCUGAUGAGGCCAGCGAGGCCAUCCAGAAGGUCAUGGGUCCGCACUACCGCAGCGAGGCUCACACCGGCUGGACUGGUUUUUUCAAAGCCCUUUGGACCAGCGCUCGCACCUGCCAGUGGGUUGAGCCCACCGAGGGCGCCAAGGGCGAGAGCCAGCACGUUCUUUUCUACCGCAACAUCAACGGCAUCGGUGUCCCUCCUGCCAAGAUUCCCGCCAAAUAG